AUGGGUAAGUCGGUUUCAAAGUUAUCUAAGGAAGAUUUGAAGAAACUUCGAGAUGCUACCUAUUUCGACAAAAGAGAACUCCAGCAGUGGUACAAAGGAUUUUUGAGAGACUGUCCUUCAGGUCAAUUGUCCGAAGAGGAAUUUGCCAAAGUAUAUAAACAAUUCUUCCCGUUUGGAGACCCCACAGAUUAUUGUCACUAUCUCUUUCUGGUUUUCGAUUUGGAUAACCUGAAGUAUAUCGAUUUCAAGGAAUUUAUAGUGGCUCUCAGUGUAACAAGUCGAGGUACUGAUGAGCAAAAAAUCAACUGGACUUUCAAGCUAUACGACUACAAGAAGACUGGAAGGCUAAAGUAUGAUGAUAUAUUACCCAUUAUACGUGCGACAUACACCAUGAUUGGGCCUAUGGUUGCUUUACCCGAGGAUGAAAAAACUCCAGAGCUCAGGACUGAUAAAUGGUUUGCAUUAUUGGGGAAAAAUAAAGAGUCCGAUGAAAUCACGUUGGAAGACUUUUUCAAGCUAUCGAAACUAGAUCCUGCAAUUAUGAGCUCACUAAAUACGUAUCAAGGAUUAGUUUGA